GCGUCACCGUUGUAUAUUCAUGAGGCGCGCGCAGCCCAGCAUGUUAAUGAGGCGGGGCGCGGCGGCCGGCUAAGAAGGCUGCUGGGCGGCGGCGGUGGUUGCUGGCUCGGGGCAGCCCGGCGCGGGCGGCGUAGACAAGGGGUCACUGGCCGGCGCUAACCAAGACAUGGAGCCGUCCGGCGGGGGCCUAGGGCCCGGCCGCGGGACCCGGGACAAGAAGAAGGGUCGGAGCCCGGAGGAGCUGCCUGCGACGGGCGGCGACGGCGGCAAACCUAAGAAAUUUCUGGAGAGAUUUACCAGCAUGAGGAUUAAGAAGGAGAAGGAAAAGCCCAAUUCUGCUCACAGAAACUCCUCUGUGUUGUAUGGAGAUGACCCUACCAUGCAAUCCUUGCAGGACAUCUCAGACGAGCAAGUCCUUGUCCUCUUUGAGCAGAUGUUGGUGGAUAUGAACCUGAAUGAGGAGAAACAGCAGCCUUUGAGAGAGAAGGACAUUAUCAUCAAGAGGGAGAUGGUGUCCCAGUAUUUGCACACUUCCAAGGCUGGCAUGAACCAGAAAGAGAGCUCUAGGUCUGCCAUGAUGUACAUUCAGGAGCUGAAGUCAGGCUUGCGGGACAUGCACCUGCUCAGCUGCCUUGAGUCCCUUCGAGUCUCUCUCAACAAUAACCCUGUCAGUUGGGUGCAGACAUUUGGUGCUGAGGGCCUAGCCUCCUUAUUGGAUAUCCUCAAACGACUCCAUGAUGAGAAAGAAGAGACUUCUGGAAACUAUGACAGCCGGAACCAGCAUGAGAUUAUCCGCUGUUUGAAAGCUUUCAUGAACAACAAGUUUGGAAUCAAAACCAUGUUGGAUACAGAAGAGGGAAUCCUACUGCUGGUCAGAGCCAUGGAUCCUGUUGUUCCCAAUAUGAUGAUUGAUGCAGCUAAGUUGCUCUCUGCUCUUUGUAUCCUGCCACAGCCGGAAGACAUGAAUAUACGAGUUUUGGGGGCAAUGACAGAGAGAGCUGAAAUGGAUGAAGUCGAACGCUUCCAGCCACUGCUGGAUGGAUUAAAAAGUGGGAACUCCAUUGCACUCAAAGUGGGAUGCCUCCAGCUGAUCAAUGCUCUCAUCACUCCAGCUGAGGAACUUGACUUUCGAGUUCACAUCCGAAGUGAACUGAUGCGUUUGGGACUGCAUCAGGUAUUGCAGGAGCUUCGAGAGAUUGAAAAUGAGGAUAUGAGAGUACAGCUCUCCGUGUUCGAUGAACAAGGAGAUGAAGAUUUCUUUGAUCUGAAGGGACGGCUAGAAGACAUCCGCAUGGAGAUGGAUGACUUUGGUGAAGUUUUCCAGAUUCUUUUAAACACAGUGAAAGAUUCAAAGGCAGAGCCACACUUCCUGUCCAUCCUGCAGCAUCUCCUUUUGGUCCGAAAUGAUUAUGAUGCUAGGCCACAGUACUAUAAGUUGAUUGAAGAAUGUGUUUCUCAGAUAGUUCUACACAAGAAUGGAACUGAUCCUGACUUCAAGUGCAGGCACCUUCAGAUUGAUAUUGAGGGAUUGGUUGAUCAAAUGAUUGAUAAAACAAAAGUGGAAAAAUCUGAGGCCAAAGCUACAGAGCUGGAAAAAAAGUUGGACUCAGAGUUAACAGCCCGGCAUGAGUUACAAGUAGAAAUGAAAAAGAUGGAAAAUGACUUUGAGCAGAAACUUCAGCAUCUUCAAGGAGAAAAGGAGGCAUUGGAUUCUGAGAAGCAGCAGGUCACUACACAGAAACAAGACCUGGAAGCAGAGGUGUCCAAGCUGACAGGAGAGGUUGCCAAGCUGUCAAAAGAGCUAGAAGAUGCCAAGAAGGAAAUGGCUUCAAUGUCUGCUCUGGUUGUUGCUCCUGCUGUUUCUGGCAGUGCUGCUGUUCCCCCUGCCCCUCCUCUGCCUGAUGACUCGGGCACUGUUAUUCCACCUCCACCACCCCCACCCCCACCUCCUCUUCCUGGAGGCACCUUCCCACACCCUCCCCCACUGCCUGCAGGUACUACCAUCCCUCCACCUCCUCCUUUACCUGGAGGUAAUGUUAUACCACCUCCCCCUCCUUUGCCUGGGGUUGCUGCCAUCCCCCCUCCCCCUCCUUUACCAGGGGUUGCUGCCAUCCCCCCUCCCCCUCCUUUACCAGGGGUUGCUGCCAUCCCCCCACCUCCUCCUUUGCCUGGAGGUAGCAGUAUACCACCUCCCCCUCCUUUGCCUGGAAGUGUUGGUGUUCCUCCGCCCCCUCCCUUGCCUGGAGGACCAGGACUGCCUCCUCCCCCUCCCCCUUUUCCUGGAGGACCUGGCAUUCCUCCACCUCCACCUGGAAUGGGCAUACCUCCACCUCCUCCCUUUGGAUUUGGGGUCCCUGCAGCCCCAGUUCUGCCAUUUGGAUUAACUCCCAAAAAAGUUUAUAAGCCAGAGGUGCAGCUCCGGAGGCCAAACUGGUCCAAGUUUGUGGCUGAGGACCUUUCUCAGGACUGCUUCUGGACAAAGGUGAAGGAAGACCGCUUUGAGAACAAUGACCUUUUUGCCAAACUUACCCUUGCCUUCUCUGCCCAGACCAAGACUUCUAAAGCCAAGAAGGAUCAAGAAGGUGGAGAAGAAAAGAAAUCUGUGCAAAAGAAAAAAGUAAAGGAGCUAAAAGUAUUGGAUUCAAAGACAGCUCAGAAUCUCUCAAUCUUUUUGGGUUCCUUCCGCAUGCCCUAUCAAGAGAUUAAGAACGUCAUUCUGGAAGUGAAUGAAGCUGUUCUUACUGAGUCUAUGAUCCAGAACCUCAUUAAACAGAUGCCGGAACCAGAACAGUUAAAAAUGCUUUCUGAGCUGAAGGAUGAGUAUGACGACCUGGCUGAGUCAGAGCAGUUUGGUGUGGUGAUGGGCACAGUGCCCCGUCUUCGGCCUCGCCUCAAUGCUAUCCUCUUCAAGCUACAAUUCAAUGAGCAAGUUGAGAAUAUCAAGCCGGAGAUCGUGUCUGUCACUGCUGCAUGUGAGGAGCUGCGUAAGAGCGAGAGCUUCUCCAGCCUCCUGGAGAUCACACUGCUUGUUGGGAACUACAUGAAUGCUGGCUCCAGGAACGGUGGUGCUUUUGGCUUCAAUAUCAGCUUCCUCUGCAAGCUUCGAGACACCAAGUCUGCAGAUCAGAAGAUGACUCUGUUGCAUUUCUUGGCUGAGUUAUGUGAGAAUGACUACCCUGAUGUCCUCAAGUUUCCCGAUGAGCUUGCCCAUGUAGAGAAAGCCAGCCGAGUUUCUGCUGAGAAUUUGCAGAAGAACCUAGAUCAGAUGAAGAAACAGAUUGCUGAUGUAGAGCGCGAUGUUCAGAAUUUCCCAGCUGCUACAGACGAAAAGGACAAGUUUGUUGAGAAGAUGACUAGCUUUGUGAAGGACGCACAGGAACAGUACAAUAAGCUACGGAUGAUGCACUCUAAUAUGGAGACGCUAUAUAAGGAGCUAGGUGACUACUACAUCUUUGACCCCAAGAAGUUGUCUGUGGAAGAAUUCUUUAUGGAUCUGCACAACUUUAGGAACAUGUUUUUGCAAGCGGUCAAGGAGAACCAGAAGCGCCGGGAAACAGAAGAAAAGAUGCGGAGAGCAAAAUUAGCCAAGGAGAAGGCAGAAAAAGAGCGGCUGGAGAAGCAGCAGAAGCGAGAACAGCUCAUAGACAUGAAUGCAGAGGGAGAUGAGACAGGUGUGAUGGACAGCCUUCUAGAAGCUCUGCAGUCAGGGGCAGCUUUCCGACGGAAGAGAGGGCCUCGCCAGGUCAACAGGAAGGCUGGAUGUGCAGUCACGUCUCUGCUAGCCACGGAGCUGACCAAGGAUGAUGCCAUGGCUGCUAGCCCUGCUAAGGUGUCCAAGAACAGUGAAGGAGUCUCCACAAUCCUUGAAGAAGCCAAGGAGCUGGUUGGCCGUGCAAGCUAAGCUGGGCUUUAUGGCCAUUGCUGCUCCUAGGCAAAGCCCAGACUGUCUACCUGCAGCAUGUGCCUAAACAGUCAAGGGGCUACCCCUUGCAGUGGCCACUCCACCACCUGACCCUGUCUUUCUGUCUGGCCUGCUGCUCUCUGAACAUCACACACAGCUUCAGCUGCCUAGAGGCCGGAAGGAAAGGACUAUCAGUGUAGGGGUGGCCUGAGCCCAGCCCAGCCAGCCCUGGCUAUUGUAUUACCAAAGCAGGGUCCGUGUUUGCUGCCUUAACCCUGUCUCCUCUGUGUUGUCCAGAGGACCCGGUCUCAGACAGAACCCAGCCUGCUUUCUCAGCCCAACUUUCUAGUGGGCCUCUCCUUAGGUCAAUCUUGCUGCAUUUGUGCUUUUUUUUUGUUUUUGUUUUUGUGUGUGUGCUUUCUCUGGCCCUGAGAAUAGCAUGGGACUUGUGACCCUUUGGGCUAGAUCCUCUCACUGCUGUCACCUCUGCUUUUUCUCCUGGCAGUUAUUUAUUACUAGUGCUGUGGCAUUGGGAACUACUUCUGCAAAAGCAGCAAGCAAAUCCCACCCUUAUCCACUUCCCUGGGAAAGGUCUCAACCACUCUUCUCAUUCCACUGUGGCCCAGGUCUGAGCCAUAGGCAGGUAGCUAGGGUAUAGUGACAGUGUGGGGCCCGCCCCCUGCCCGCUGCCAUGCUUUAUGCCCUUGCCUCCAUGGACCCUCUGCAGCCCUCCACCUCUACCUGAAACUCCACCCUCUGAAACUGAGCCCCCUCCCCAUUCCUUCCCCAGAGCUUUGGUGCAUCUCAUUUGGAGUGUGGGCUGUAGUGUGACUAUCCCAACACCUCACCCCCUCCAUCCAAGGAAAUGGGAGGUGGAGCCUCCUGCCUGAGAAAUUGUUUUGCAAAUGGAUCUAUUUUUAUAUGAAAAAAUUUUUUAAGAAAAAUAUCUUUGGUCCCCUUUUCCCUCCAUAAUAAAAUAAACUUUGAUGGUAGGUUCAAGCAUUCCUGGGGUCAGUCCUGAACAUGGCCUCAAUGUAGGCCCAGUCCCUCAAGACUAAACCCUGAGGCUGAGACAGACCCUUCCCUAGCCUCAGUUCUGGGGCAAGAGAAAUUUCUCUGGGUGGGCUGGGCCACACCAUAGGGUAGCAAGAGCUCUGAUGCUGUUUUCAUGAAUGUAUUAAAUUAUCAAGCCAAAUGUGCAGAUGCUAAGUGGACACUGAGAAGCGGGCACAGGUGUGCCCAACGCCCCACUAUACAAACAGUGAGUCAACUGGGUGACCCAAACCUCAGGAAGCUCAGAUUCUCUGGCUUAGGGUCACUUUCUUGUCCUCCUCCGGCCCCUUUCAGCUUCCCCUCCAAGGCUACAGAGAGGGAGUGACUGUCCAGGCUUGACACAGACUUAGAGUUGCCAGAGCAUGGAGUUUAGGAAAACACGAGGGUCAAUACUGGGAGCCUUGUGGCCAGGAGGAUGGUUUGGGUUGCUAGAGCGUAUGUCUGAAGGAGCAGUGGCAGCUCCUGGGUUUUUUCCUGGGAAGACUGGUACAGGGGCUGGUUCUUCCUGAGCCACUUCCUUGCUCGCUGACAUCUGGGGCUUUGACCCUUUUCUUUUUUAAUCACUUUUGCUAAAAUGCAUUUAAUUAAAAAAAAUUUUUUAAGUAGAGGGGAAAAUGCAAGCCCCUUGCCUCUUGGGCUUCUGGGAUGUCAUCACCUCCAAUUUGAUGGGUUUGUUUCCAACUGUCAAUAAAGCAUUGAAACAUA